AUGUUCAAGUGUACGCGUUGUGACAGAGAUUUCAGAGAUGGGGUAAAGUGUUCCGUUUGCCAAGAACGUUUUGACUUUCCAUGCGCUGGAUUAACGGAAGCUGGCUACCGUAGGUUAGGCGAGGAUAGAAGAAAUAACUGGAGAUGCACAUCUUGCAAGGACGCCAAAGCUCCUAGUCCGCUAAACCUACCUUCAAAAAAUACACUUUCAAAAAAUACACCUUCUGUUAAGUCUCUUUCACUGGUGGACAUGGAGAUGAUUGCUUCGGAGCUUAAAAGUUUAUCUUCACAGAUGAACUCACUUCCUACCUUAAUAGCAAGCGUCAAGGCUAUACAAGCUGAUGUGGCCGACCUAAAGUCCAUAAAGGCCGAUAUCGAAGAUCUUAAGCUUAUGAAGCCGGAGGUGGCUGAUAUGAGGACUUCAUUGGAAUUUGUUCAGUGUUCUGUUGAAUCUUUGAAUAGUAAGAUCACAGAUAUAAAUCAAGAAAUCCAGAGUUUGCUGAAGACAAAAGAUGAUGUAGUUCAAUUGAAGCAACGUCUGGAGAACUUUGAAGACUCCAUGCGGGAAUUUGAACAAAGGUCUCGUAUGAAUAACAUCGAGAUCAAAGGAGUGCCGAUGUCACCCUCAGAAAACCUUUUCGAGAUUUUUAGUAAGCUUGGAGAUCAUAUCAAUUGUGUCAUCCCAAAAAAUCAAAUUAAUUACAUUGCGAGGAUUCCUAUGCGUAACGAUAAAUUAAAUAAAACAAUCAUUAUCUCAGUGCAUAAUAGAUACCUUAAGGAGGACUUCGUAGCCGCAGCGAAGAAGCGCACCAUUGUUCCAGCGGACCUGGGUUUAAGAGUGAGUGUUUUGGGGCCUGAUGGAGUUAAAUAUGAACAAGUUUUCUUGCUACUAAGCGAUGCUGCUCCUUAUAUGGUAAAAGCUGCAGGUGAUCUACAAGUUUUGUAUCCAAAAGUGAUUCAUGUGACGUGCUUGGCUCAUGGUAUAAAUAGAUUAGCUGAAUGCAUAAGGUCUCAGUUUAAAAAGAUCGACAGUUUAGUAUCAAACGUAAAGAAAAUUUUUUUGAAAGCAACAAGCAGGAUCUCAUAA